UGCAUCAUGUUUUGUUGGCACAGUUUGCGGUCAGACGGUUAAGAGAUCGCAUGCAUCGUAGAGAUCGUUUGCUGCAGAAUUUUUUUUUAGUCGAAAAGAAAAAAAUCGCAGUCGAGUGAACCAUUUGAUGGUCGCGAAUUUCGUUGUAAACUAAAUUUUGAGUUGAUUAUAUUCGGCGCGAAGAGUGAUUGGAAUUCGGUAUUGACGAUGCAAAACAAUGUGAAGUGCACCACUUAUUUUACGUUGUGUGGAUAUACUGAUUAAUCAAUGAAAACAGUUCGUGAGGCAGUGAUUAAGUAUUUUUUGUAUGAAAACUGUAUGUAAGGUGAAGACAUUCUAUGGAUUAAAACAUACAAUUCUGCGACUCUACUUACAUCACCAUAAAAACAUCGAUUGAAUAUGGUAUGGACUCUACGAAACGAACUUUCUAAAUGUUCUAAAUUAGGUUUGUGAUCGUUAUAAUUAUUGCGGUCACUUGCAUUUGUUGUAAAAUAAAAACAAAACAUGUGAAAGUGUCGUGCACAUCUCACAAGCACGUUUUAUAUACAAUAAUUAUGAUUACUAAAUCAAUUUAAUUAGCUGGAUUAGAAAAAAAAAAUCUUGGUGUUGUCGCUGGUUAAUUAUGGGCAAUUCACCAACAACAAUAAAUUCUACAAAUAAUAUUGAUGCUGCGCGUAGGACGAGUCCAAAGGAUGCGAAAAUUAAUGGCACAAAUCCUGAAGAGUCACGUGUCUUCUUUUUAUUAUGUCUAAUACAUCGGACGUGGAACGUCGUGGUGGAUCCAAUAUCAAAACGCUCUCGUCCGGAUCGACUCGUAUCUGAAAAUGGCACUGGAAACCGCAGAUAUGCUGAUGAUGGUCGUAAACAAGAAUCCACGGACUUAGAUGAGCAAAGCAUUUACGGUUCGGAGUAUUCAUUUUGUAGUUGCAGCUAUUGUCGAGAACCGAAAAAGAAUCCAAUUUUCGGCCGAUCUGAAAUACGUUUAUCAUACUCAGAAAGCGAACUCUCAUAUUCCAUUGGCUAUCAAAUGGCACCGAGCAUUAAAAAAUCUUCGAUUGACACACACAUUGGGCCGCCAAAAAUGUCUGCAGAAAUAUCCGUUGGACCAAAUUCGUCACAAAAGGAAAACCAACGCCCACCAGUGUUCCACGCCGAAGACUAUGUUGUCUCUUUGAAAAAAUUCAACACAAAAUCAAGCAAUGGUAAACUGACCAACAAGUCUAUUUACGAUACACCUGAAACUAUACCUGACGUCAAAACAAUCGAUAAAAAUGCACCUCUAUCCGAUUACAAGAGUCCCAUUCCGUCACCACCGGAAACGGAAUGUGAGAUGUCGCUGAGACAGUUCAGCAGUAUCACCGAAUUGUUAACGAAUCUUCGGUCAGAUCUACGGGCAGCAUUUCCCAGUUUUGUACAAGAAUUUGUUUCAACUCCAAUGGAUGGCGUAACACUCCUUCUCGAUGUGCUUCGAUCGAUUCAGCUAAGUCAAGCUGCCAACAUGAUUACAACACCGUCAUCGCCAGCUAAUACCAUUCAGAGAAACUCACAGGCCUAUCAGCGAAGAGCUCUUCUCGAUGAGUUGGCAUGUUUGCAAUGUCUCACUUUGUGCGCAACACGCAGUCCGGAAGCAGGCCUCAGACUUGGCACAUCGCCAGUAGGUUUACUUCCAUUAGCUGCUUCAGCAACUGGACAGGGCCUGCGUUCGCGCAUUUUGGCUCUUCAAUUACUCACUGUUGCCUGUGACAAAACAACAUUAGCUCAUGGAUCUCAAAACAGCGUUCGUUGUGGACACACAUCCGUAUCAGAAGCUUUUUCAACUUUACGACUUAGAACGGCGGAGCCUGUUCGAUUCAGAUUAUUGACGGGAAUGUUGAAUAGCGGUGGUGGUUCUGGGGAGUUGCAAGCGUAUGGCUUGAAAUUCAUCAACACAUUUUUGGAAAGCACUGAAGAUUCACAGAAUCGGUUGUAUUUGCAAGCGGAAUUGUUUCAAGCUGGAUUCGAUCCGCUUAGUAUGACUAAGGCCAUAUCGACUUCUUCUCCGUGGGUGGAAAAAAUUCGAGCAGAGGUCAAGAAUUUUGAGGACUCAAAGAUUGAUGUCAAAAAGUUGAUUGUACAAUCCAGAGAAUCGGAUCGAAUACGAAGCCAAAUGGUUGUUCUGGAGAGGCGUGUUCAGAUUCUUCAAGAAGAGAAGACAGUGUUAAGUGGAUUGCAGGACAGGCUGCAGGAAAGAUGCGCUGAGUUACAAAGAGAAAUAUUUCGAAUACAAGGGGCACACAAUCAGGACUCCUAUAAAAGUAUUGAAAAACGACCAGUGGCAUUACCACGUCAUGUACCGCCAGACAGUAAGAUUGGAAGUUCAGAACACGACGACGAAGGCAUAAGUAGUUCGGAAACCGGUCAAUCGCUCAGUCCUGAACCGCACAUGUACAAUUCGAUGAACAAUCAGCAAACCCUUCGACUCAACGCGCUAAGCCAUCCGAAUGACGACUAUGACGAUGCAAACGAUGCUACGAUUGAAGAUGUUAUCGACGAGUUACAGAAUAUUGUUAACGACGCUGAGAGAGAAAUCUUUUCUGAAUCGCCAGCCGCCGAAAUGGAAAAGAAAAUCGUACCUGCCAACAUAUUGCCACAACCACCGAAAAAGUCGCGUUCGUUAGCUCAUCUACUUUCGAGCAGUUCGGAUUUCGAUGGAUCCGAUUACGGAUUGCUGUUGAUUCCGAACGGCAGUCGAAGAUCGUUUUUCGACGAUCCGGAGUUCGAGAACGAUUGUAAGCUGAACGGUGGAUUUCGGGACAGUUUUCAGUACAAAAGCACCCCAGACAUUGUCACGCACAAUAAUCGGGGAAGCACAAAUCGGGAAAUAUUAAACGUUGUCAUGGACGCCAGAGAGAUGAGCAACGGAAUGGGUCCACUACUGCCGCACUUGUCCAAUCCAGUGCGAAAAAGUGAGUGCGACAUAAAGAAUGCGAUAGCGCCAACACCACCGUUCAGUGGAGUGUACUUUAUGACGGAAAUGAAUACACCGCAGAAAUAUCCAAAGCCAGACAUAACGGCAGCGUUAGAAGCUAGACGAGUAACAAAGAAUCUCGAUUGGCUGGAAUCGUAUGGCAGUGGAAUCGACUCAAUGGUUGACAUCGUCAUGCCAGGCCAAUGUAAGAAAGAGAGCUCGAUAAUUCAUUUUGGUCUUUCGGAAGGAAAUAUUUUGGACAAAAUUGACCACACGUCCUUAAAUACAAGCGCUAAACUGACUGAUCUUCCGUCGGGUUUGUAUUGAAAGUAAGGUUGUCGUUAUGCGCUUAAAGCUUUUCGUAAAACAGUGAUUGAAACGGUGCAAUAUAAUUAGUUUUAGAUUAUCGGUGGUGGUUGUGUAAUGUUGGGAACAACUUUUUUUUUGUAUUUUAAAAUAAUAUUUGGAAGAUCAUUCAAUAAAUCAAAGUUGAAA